AUGAAGGAAAUGAAAGAAGAUGUAAAUGGUGGUAAAGACAUGAAUGGGAAUGAACGAAACAUGAACAAAUUUAGCGAUAUUAAUUUGAAGGUAGAAGCAUAUGGAGAGGGUGAUUAUAGACUGUUGAGAUAUCUACCCGAUGGAUCUUGUGUUUUUGAAGAAGUGCCAGAUGAAGAAAAUAAGAACAAAAAGAAUUUACAACAGUAUGCACAACUAUUCUGUUCAGCAAUGGAAAAGACUAUUCAAAUAAAAAGUAAUGACGAUAGUUUAAAAAAUAAUAAAGAAUGGACAAAAGGAGAGGAAUAUAGAAUAUUAGUUGAAAAUGAUUUAAAAGAAUUGAUGAUUUUGUUUGACUUGAUGUUAGGUACACUAAAUUAUGACAAAGGCACAAAAUAUUUAUCACUAAGUAAAUGCAAUUAUUUGAGAGAUAUAGAAGCAAAUAAACAGGACAUAUGUAUAGCUGUUACAUCUAGAAAAGAACUUUUAGAGAAAUUAAGAAAUUUAUGUAAAGAGACAAGAAUACAAAUUAAUUCAAUAAAUGGAAUAAUAGCACAAAAAUAUUAUUUAUUUUUUAUUAGCCAGUUGAUUAAAUAUUGGAAAAUAUUAAAUAAAAAAUAUUCAGAACUUGAUUUUUUACAACUUGACAUUAAUUUUCCCUAUGUUACCCAAGUCUCUGUAGAAUACUUUUUUUUACCAUCCUAUUUUUGGAAUUUUUCACCCAACCCGAUAUUCCUUUCUUGGCCUCCUUAUCCUUCUUUUUCUCCUUUCAAAUCUCAGUAUGCACAUAUCACUUUCUCUAUAGCUAGUGGGAAGAUUAACACAAAGGAAGAAAAUUAUCAUCUAGAUCAAAAUUAUUCAAAGGAAAUGAAUGAUGACACCUUUCUUAGACACAAGAUUAGACAACGACAAGAUGUAGUUGAGAUAUCUGAUUUUCUUAAUACAGAGAAUGGGAUGAACGUUCGAACAGAGGGUGAGAAAAACAGAGAUAUUAAUUGUAAAACAAGUGAAGAUUUUAAAAAGGAAGAAGAACAGCAAGAGCAACCGCCCAAACAAGAAGAACAUUGUACCUUUUUAAAUGAUCAAACGAAAAAAACUUCACAGAAUUAUAAAUUUUAUUACCCAAAUAUAAAGGAAGAAGAAAUACAAAUGUUUAAUUCGUUGGACAAUAAGAGUGUUAUUUCUGUCCAUUUCGAAGGGAUAGCAGCGCACUUAAUUGAGAAUAAUUAUUUUAUUCAAUUUGAUUUGUACCCAUUAAAUAUAAAAUUAAGGAAUAAAUUAAAAAAAAAAAAAAAAAAACUCCAAUGGAGAGACAUUUUUCCAGAAAAAAUAAUUCCACAAAAUAUUAUUUUUGAACAAGCAAAAAAGGUACAUGGAAAAUUGAUUCAAGCUCAGUGGGUAUUGAUAGAUAAAUCAAUUUUCUGUAUCCUUGCAGAACAAGCAAAUAACCUAAAAGACACAAAUAAUGAACUGUUAAUAAAUCUUACUAAUGUGACAGGGACAAAUAAACAAAUUAAAAUUCAUUGUACAGAUAUAAAUCACAAAUGUUUAGAGUUCUUGAUAAGUGAUAUUCUUAUACCUUCAACAGGAAAUAAAUUCAUUCCAGUGGAUUUUUCCUUUGCUAUUAUGUACGAAUCGGUUGAAACUUGUGCCCAUAAUGAUGCCAAUGAUUUUAAUGAAAAUAUUUCGAUAAAUGAAAAUAUCCCGAAGAAUGAAAAUAUUCCUAAGAAUGAAAAUCCUCAUAACAAGCUAGAAGGAAAUUAUAUUAACGAUCAUUUUAACUAUGAACACAAUAUUAGUGAAAAAAAGAAUGGAAAUUUUGUGCUAGACUAUGAACUUGUGCAAAUAUUUCUCAAUCUGUCUCUUGCUAAAAUAAGAGAUUUAUUUAUCUGUUCAUGGAAAUAUUUUUCUUUCGAAAUGCCUUACUAUUCAGCAGAUAUACACCCACUUAUUUACCAAAAUGUUUUCCCUGAUCAACGUUCAGACAAUUUAAUUACAAAUUUUUUUUCAUGGUUUAUUAUAUCUAUGGAGAAGUAUUUACGAGCAAAUGAAGACAUGACAGUUGGAUAG